UGGCGGCGGCGUGCGAGAGAGACGACGCCCAAGCUUCACAACAAGUAGUCGCGCUCGUCUCCGCGUGUGCAUCAUUGCCGUGGUCAAAUUUUCGCGUCGCGUAUUCUCGGAUUUUUUUGUAUCGCAAUAAGUAGCUCGGGUACGAGAAGACGGUUUCAAGAUGACGAUAGUCGACUCUUGCUGGUCGCCAUGUAUCUGGACGAACAACAUAAACACGGCGGCGAAAGCCAUAGCCUUUUACACGGUGGCGAUCUGCAUCGUUUUGAUCACGCUGAUAGCGUAUCAGCUCAACGGCGGGGACUCCACGCAGCUGUACAAUCCGCUGUUCGAGGCUGAUGUCAGAGGCUCAAUGAAAGUUGUCGGAGGAUUCUUCAUUUAUUACUUUUUGCUGAUGAUCGCCUUUGCCUUAACUAUGGUUUAUGGUCUCCGAAGAGGCGUGAGAGGAUUUCUACUCCCAUGGCUUGCAGGCUGGUUCAUUAUUUGUCUGUUUCAAUUAGUAUUUGGACUAUGGCUGGUAGGAGGCUACUAUAUUUAUUUGGAUGCCGUGUUUGCAGCAUUUUGCAACUGGCUGUGGAUGGGCUAUAAUUUUUAUUGUUGGCUUGUUGUGCUGUCCGCCUACAAAGUUUUGUUGCAACUGCAGUCACCUAACAUUGAACUUCUGUGGCCUUAAAGUAACCAUUAAGUCUCGACAGUUGUAAAAGCUGUCAAAGUUGUUUUGCACUGACAGCUUUUGACAACUGUCGAGACUUAAUGGUUACUUUAAGAUUUAGAGUCUGCUGCUGGCUCCUGGGCUCCUUAUAUACCCGAGUUGCUCCCUCUUUCCUGUGUUACAUGCGCGUACGCCAUCUACUCGCGCUUAGGUAGACUAUUUACAUUUGGCUACUAGCGCCACUCGGUAACUUGCCUACGCUAGGCUAGUUAUUUGUUGCUGUACUCUUGUUCCCGAAGUGGGCCUGCCGUCACAAAAGAUAUCAAAACAAAGUACAAUGCUCUGACAAUGACCGAAGACUGAAUAUGGCCUGAAUUUCGUCAGCAGCCAUCCGUCCAAUAUCGGUCUUAAAAUAUCUUUAGUUUGUAGGUUAUAGCAUAGGAAAUUUUUGUAUGAACCUCAGUAGGGUUCACAUUACGUUAUUUGUUAAAAUACAGCUCUUGUCCGUCCAGUUUGAAUGCUUUUGCAUCCAUUAAUCUGCUGUAAUAAUGAUAUUAACGCAUUUUAAGGUCGAAUCUCAUUAAUUAUCUUUCGGAUAUUUUUAGUCGAAUGAAAUGUAAAUACCCAGAACAGGCAAGCUUUAAUAUUAUUGAUUAAAUUGCAAUAAUAUUGAAAUCAAGUUGUACGUAUUGAGAGUAUUUUAUACUACCAUCGCCAAGUUUUUAUUAUACCGUAAUUUACUAAUGAUGAAGUAUUUAUAACUUAAAUUGUUGACAAAUUAAUAUAACCUUAGCAAUCACGAGUGUACAAAAUUUUUCUAGUAUUUUUAUCAUAUUUUUUAUUCGGAAACUAUUUUGAUUAUUGCUUUUUCACCGUAAAUAGAAUUUAACGUUUAGUAUUUUUUAUUAUCAAGAACAUGUAUUUAAGAUUAAAUAAUCGAGUAUGUUUACUAGGUUCCAGGAAAAAUGUGUUCUGUUAUUUAAAAAUCCAAUGCUUCUUAAAAUUUAGUAAUCAUACUUGUACCAUAAAUUGCGUUACCAGCAUGAAAUGGAAUGUGCAUAAUUUUUAUAAUUACAAACGAACUUAUUAAAAGAUACUGCAUCUUAUGAUGAAUAAAAGCUUUUUCUACUUUUAA